GGUAAGUAAGCGCAACAAGAGAAAAAAAACAACACAAUCGUAUUUUAUAGUUCUUUUUCUGUUGACUAGGCACAGAUUUAAGAAUAAACCAUACAUCUACACGCAUCGCUUUCUUUUUUGUCAUGAUCUUUAGUUUACUAAUGUAUAAUUAUUACUCGGCGUGUGUUGUAUCUGCUCGUUUAGAUGAGCCAAUUUACAAGAUCAAUGAUUCGCUCAAUGAGUUUGGUAAAUUGCACAUGAAAAUGGCCUCAGAAGCCAUGGUUUAUUUGGAAUUCUUUCUCAAAAAACCUGAUUGGGAUACAACUCAAUUCUACCGCAAUUACUGGACGAAACUUCCAGAAAAUGAGAAACUAAUGAAUCCCGACAAAGGUAUGCAGUUAGUAAAAGAAGGCGGUUUUGCUUAUCACACGCAUCCAGUUGUUGGCUAUCCCAUCAUUGAUAAACUGUUCGAUAAUCGUGAAAUUUGUGAAUUGAUGGAGGUGCAUGUCGCACGGCCUACUCGCACAGCGUUUGGAGCAACUAUGAACAGCAGUUUCGUAGAAAUUGCAAGAGUCGGGUUUACCAAAAUCAAUGAAGUAGGUCUACGUCAUCGACAGUAUUUAAGAUGGUCCCACCGAAAGCCACCGUGUCGGAAGGAUAUUUUAAGCGCGGUGAGCAUCAAUAUUUAUGAAUUUGCUCCGCAUCUGCUAUUGCUCGCAGUAGGAAUUAUGAUGUCAACAACUUUAUGCUUGAUUGAAGUAAUUUUGGUUAAUCAUGGCAUGUGCAUUAAUAUAAGAAAUAUAGUUUGCGCAGAACAUGUAAUACAGCUUAAUUAUUGAAAAUUAAAAAGUUAUACUUAUAUUAUGAUUAUACUUACACUGCUAUUUUGUGUAUUGAUUAAAUAAUAAUAAUCAUGUGGCAAUUCAUUUGACUGACAUGAGUAGCAAAGGAAACUAAAUAUUAACGCAACUGCCAUGCUUAUUAGAGUUUUUCAUUGAGAAGAAUCAUGUCAUUCCAGUAGUGACUUGCAGAACAUCUAUUACGUUUCAGCGAUUUCUUAUUCUUAGAAUUUAUUGAUCGAAAUAUGCUAUGUCCAUUCUCAGCCGACAGAAUGUACGUGUUAUUAUGACCAAUUUGCAGAGCUUGAAGAAAACAAAUAUUUUAAAAAUGCACAUCUUAAAUCUCACCUUAUAGUUCACACAAAAAAUGUUUCUUAUUCAAAUUAUAUUUACAUGCUCGUUGAUCGCUCAUGCUCA